UAAACAGUUGGUAUGCCGGAGAAACGUUUGUUUACAUUUGUGAGCGGUAAUUACUUAGUUGGGUACACGUGUUUCGCGCAUUCCUGUUCUUUCAACGAGUUACUGAGGACUCAUAGACAGUGGAAAUGGCAGAAAAGGAUGGCAUAAGAACAAGAUAUAUAACUGCAAAUGAGAAAACAAUGCUGGUGACCUUGAUAGAGGAAAGAAGCGACAUUUUAUUCAAUAAGAGCCAUGACUUCCGCAUCAUCCAUCGGAAAAAAGCAGCAUGGGAAGAAGUCACUAGCUUAUUUAAUGCUGCUGGUUAUGGACCACCGAGAAGCCAGCAACAGCUGAAGAAAGUCUGGGAGAAUGCAAAAGGAAAAGCAAAGAAACAGCAUGCAGCCUAUAAGCGAGAGACUAUGAGGACAGGUGGUGGUGCUCCUCCUAAGCCUGAAGAUGAAGAGACUGCUAAAAUCCUUACUAUCAUAAGUGAUGACCAUGAUGGUGAGGAUAAUGAACUGGACUGUGAUGCACUUCAGAGUACUAGUCAACCACAUGCUGUGAUUGGUAUCAGAAAUGAUGGGCAAAAAUGUGAGAUAAUGUUUGAUUCUCAAAUAACAGCACAGCACACUAACAACUCCAUAGACUCCAUCAUAACACCUCCCAAACUCACCUCAACUGAAUUCAACACAACGCAGAGCACACCAGCUGGCAAAGUCUCCUCUCAAGAAGCUAACGUGACACAGGAUACUCAAACAAACACACCCACCUCUAUACAGUUUAAUGCCAGACACACCCCAACAGAAUACACACCAACACCUGGCCAAUCAAAUUUUACCUCAGCCCGAAAGUGCCGACGAACAACAAAGUUCACUCAGGAGGCCAGCUUUGAAGCGUCUCUUGAGAUGCAACGGAAGGAACAUGAAAAGACAAUGGAAAGCCUCAGCCUAGAUAUUGAAAUUAAGAAAGAAAAACUAAAAAAAAUUAAAAAGGAAAAUGAGGAUGCAAACCUUUGUCUCCAGGCUCAUCAAAUCUGGGUUGAUGUAGGCAAGAAACUGUUGGAAGUAACAGGGGAACUAGGACAGGUAACCAAAAGAAUUUGUGAUAAACUCGAUGCUUUAAACUGAUCCAAUGUCACUUCAAGUUUUUUCAGUGCAAUAUAGUAUUAUAUAUAUUUCGGCUGUGAUGAAAUUGUGCAUUGUGUUCUAGUCUGCAUUGUAU